UAUGACAAACCGACUGAUCCAACUAUGCCGUUUGGACAAUUUGUGAUCGGCCCACCAGGGGCAGGUAAAACAACCUACUGUGCUGCUAUGAAACAGUUCUUAGAAGGGAUUGGUCGAAACGUUGCAAUUGUCAACCUUGAUCCAGCCAACGAUGUACUGCCUUACGAGCCCGCUGUGAAUCUGUCUACUUUGAUAACACUCAACGAUGUCAUGGACAAUCUGAAACUGGGACCCAAUGGGGGACUGAUCUAUUGCAUGGAAUACCUUGAAAAAAAUUCGGAUUGGUUGCAGAAACAACUUGCAAUUCACACAAAAGAUCAAUAUGUUUUAUUUGACUGUCCGGGACAAGUUGAACUUUAUACACACAAUGCAGCCAUGCGAAAUAUCAGCUCCAUGCUAGAGAAGUUUAAUUACAGGUUGACAGCUGUACAUCUUGUAGACUCGCAUUACUGUAGUGAUCCUUCUAAGUUCAUCUCAGUCUUACUGACCUCACUGUCUGCAAUGCUACAAAUGGCAAUGCCACAUGUCAAUGUGCUCUCUAAAGUGGAUCUACUGGAGCAGUUUGGAAAACUAGCAUUCAACCUAGAUUACUACAGCGAGGUAUUAGAUUUAUCUUAUCUGGUAGACUAUUUAGAUAAAGAUCCAUUUACAAGAAAAUUUCAUAAACUGAAUAAGACAAUUGUAGAUGUUAUUCAAGAUUACAGUUUGGUAUCUUUCAUCAGCUUGAGUGUGCAGGACAAGGAUACCAUGCUUCAGGUUCUUAAGACUGUAGACAAGGCAAAUGGUUAUGUGUUUGGGGACUUGGAAGAAAGGAAUUUACAGUCAUUGAUGUCUACUGCCCUUGGUGCCGACUUUCAGUAUUUUCAAGCACCAUCAGUACAAGAGAAAUACAUGAAGGACGAGAAGAAAGAUGAUGAUUUACUGGAUAAUCCAAUCACAGAAUGGUGA